AUGCCGCCGCUAUGGGUUGAGCUGAACGUAUCGUGUGCGUGUGGCGCUGUGGUUGCCGAUCGCGGCCUGCAUGCUGGCGAAUAUAACGUGCGUGCCUGGGGUGGGUUCAUCUGCCAUUGCGCCAUGUGCAGAGACGACGAGAAGCGCGCAGACUUUGGCGGUGGCGCUCCAUGGAUCGCGGUUCCACGGCUGUGGUUUCGGAGUCGAAAUGGCUUCCUGGACGACGCGCUGCUCGUCCGCCGGUCCAGCGCCUUCGCUGCUCGCGGCACCUGCUCCAAGUGCACGCGCGAGGUCUUCAUCCACUACGACUGUGAGCCCAACACGGAUUGGGUCCACGCAGACGUUCUGGGCCUCACGUCGCCCCACGACACCAAGCGUGGCUUCGCCGUGACGAGCUGGUCUCGCAUCCACCGCUCCACAGGCGAGCCUGAGCUCGGUGACGGCAUACCGUCCUACCCCGGAUUCGAGCCCUGGGAGCCGGAUCCGUGUCGACCCGCAGGCACCGCCGCGCCGGCCGUCUGCAUGACGUGCUUUCAGCCCAGUUGCUCGUGCAAUGGCGCGGCGGAGGACCCGCGGGAUGCCGCACCUCGCACCCUGACGGACGAGGACUACGAGGUCCUGCGCCCAAAGCCGCCCGACGGCCACUCGUGGGUGUUGGACGGAGAGGGUGCGCACUUUGGCGACGAGCCCUUUCUGAUGCGGCACGGCGACAUCGACGCGGAGGUGUGCGUGGUGCCGUGGCGACGGCGCAGAGAGAGCUCGUACACUGCGCUCGAGAAGGCGCGGCAGAGCUGCCACUACACGGGCGGCCCGAAGGGAUGCGAGACCUCGGCCUACCGCGGGAUGCCGUGUCUGCAGUGCCGGUGCCGGCUGGGCGACGCGGCGCUCCAGGACGCCGUUGAGAAGCUACGGGCGGAGGGAGGAUCCUCCAGCUCGGGCGCGCGUCCACGUGCAACGACGACGACGACGGCGAGUGGCAGCGGGAAGCGCAGGCGAGCGUGA